AAAAACACCUAAUUAAACUUUUCCUGCUAGCUAUUCUUUCCCUUUUCCCAAUCUUCCUUCCUUCUCUCUGGCAGCGCUCCAUCCUCCCAGAGCCAGAGGCCAGAGGCCAGAGAAGCCAGCCCACCGCCCCACCCCCAUGUAUCCCGCUGCUGCUGCAAAGAUCACGCUCAGCUCCUGCGCCUGCAGCACCAACAGAAGCAGCAGCGGCGGCGGCGGCAGCAGCACAGACUGCAGUGCAAACGGCUGCUGCUAGUUUCCCCAUAAUCUCUGCUCCUCCCCCUUCCUUUUUCUUCUGCUGCAGUUGCUUCUUCUUCCUCUUCCUCCUCCUGGAGGCUGCAGUUGCAACCCAUAUCCACACAAACCCCAGGAACCAAACAAAUAAAGAAACAGAACUACCAGAGUCUUCUACUACUAUUAUAUGGAUGUGUGCACAGAUGCAUGGAGAUAGGGAGAAGAUAUAUUAUAGCUGGAGGUAGCUUCGCUUUCUUGGUAGCUAGGUAGCCGAGUUGCAGCCAAGAAGAUUGGGAGGAGUGGUGGGCAUGGAUGAUCUGUACAGCAUCCACCCGGGAAUCUCGCGGGCCGGGGGCGCCGCCGCUGCGGCCAGCGAGGCGUCCGGGGUCGCCGGUGGAGCGGGCUCGCCCCCGGCAGCGCCGCCUCCCCCACCGCCGGCGGAUCUGACGGAGCUGGUGAAGGCGCAGAUCGCCGGACACCCGCGCUACCCCUCUCUCCUCUCCGCCUACAUCGAGUGCCGCAAGGUGGGCGCGCCGCCGGAGGUGGCCACGCUGCUGGAGGAGAUCGGCCAGGAGAGGUGCGCCGCCGCCUCCGCCACCGGGGAGGUCGGCCUCGACCACGAGCUCGACGAGUUCAUGGAGGCGUACUGCCGGGUGCUGGAGCGUUACAAGGAGGAGCUGUCGCGGCCGUUCGACGAGGCGGCGUCCUUCCUCAGCAGCGUCCGGACGCAGCUCAGCACCCUCUGCGGCGGCGCCGCCUCGCUCUCCGAUGAAAUGGUAGGGUCCUCGGAGGAUGAACCAUGCUCAGGAGACACGGAUGCGACCGACCUGGGGCAGGAGCACAGCUCCCGCUUGGCUGACCGUGAGCUCAAGGAGAUGCUGCUCAAGAAAUACAGCGGCUGCCUCAGCCGCCUACGGUCCGAGUUCUUGAAGAAGAGGAAGAAAGGGAAACUACCCAAGGAUGCACGGUCGGCUCUGAUGGACUGGUGGAACACGCAUUACCGCUGGCCAUACCCUACGGAAGAGGACAAGGUGAGGCUCGCUGCGAUGACUGGGCUCGACCCGAAGCAGAUCAACAACUGGUUCAUCAACCAGCGGAAGCGGCACUGGAAGCCGUCGGAGGACAUGCGGUUCGCCCUCAUGGAGGGGGUCACCGGAGGUGGAUCCUCCUCCGGGACGACGCUCUACUUUGACACGGGCACGAUCGGACCAUGAAACCGACACCAAUUCCGGUGCGCCGGUUGUGCGAUGGGUGUCGGAUGAUACCAUAAUUAAUCACAUGAAUCGGUAACUUGGUCAUUUUGUCUGAAAUCUGAUUAUUAAUGUGUAUAUGGAUGUGUCCGGACAGUAUCUACAAGGGAGGUGUUCAGGUGACCCUGUAAAAACUUGUCUGAAGUUUACCGUAACAUUGAUGAAUUAGUUGUUCGUAUGCCUACUGAUUACACAGUGAAUCUAAAAGAUGACUGGGAAUUGGGUAUUAAAAGUGGUGUCGACGAUUUGUGAAUGUUGAUCUUACGAAUAUGUGAAGGAUAUAGGGUAUAUUUUCUGUAGCUGAAUC